AUGCCACUUCUAUACCCGUCUGGAGUGCGAUCAGCACUCAAGCUCUCUCCAUUUCAGCGCGUGAUCAAGAUCGCGCGGCAUACACCAUCCUCUUCUGCCGACCCAGACUCUUCGACCUGCCUAGGCUUCAAACCUUCCGAACACGAAGAGAUUGUUGAAGAUCCUGUCUCCAGAAGUUCACGGCAUGAUCCGCGCAACGUCGAUGAUGACACGCUGGAAGGGGAAUGGAGCGCAGUACCGUGCGACAACUGCGGUCGCAACAUCAAAGAGCAUGCAGCGCUCACCGAUGCAAAUGACGAGGAGGCAAUACGAAGAGCGAAAGUCGCGGUACGAUUGGACGAGCUACUGGAAGACAAGGGCAAGCUGCUCGACUUCGGCUAUGCUGAUACGGACAUUGAGUCCCUUCGCAAGCAGAUGAGACCAGUAGGGCCAGACGGUCUCGUUGAAGCAUCCAGUCCUGUAUCACAACUCAGCACUGUACCAGACGCAACACCCAGUCCUUACCCUUCAGCACAAGCCCUGCCGAAUGGCUCGGGUCCGCACUCAUCUACGCCGCUCUUUCAGAGCUUGGAUCGGAAACGUAAGCUCCGUGAUGCUUCGCGCUCGAGGUCUCGCUCGCGCGACAGAGAAGCCUCGGUAGCUACCUCAAGUCGCCUUUCCAGUCCGGAGAUGACGGUGGUGCACUCAAAUCCGGCAUCUCGGCAGCAGUCGGUCGAGCCUGGAGCAUCCAACGGACGACACGACCCCAAACGCAGGAAAUUUGCCUCGAGCGACUUGGCAAAGGAAAGCGCCGCAGAUGCAAACACCGCAGAUGCAAACACUUCGACGGAUCUCAGCGAAGAAUCGGUGGACAUUAGAGCGGCAGAAGGAUUUGCAGCAGCAGCAACAGCAGAAGAAGAGGAUGCGUACAACUCGACAUCACAGCCGGAAGCAGGAGACCCGACAGAUUCGGCGACUCGCAAAGAUGCGAAUGGAGAGGAAGGAGAGGUAGGGGAAACCAAGAUCAAGGAAGAAGAGACUGUGGAUCUCACAGAGGAGGCGCAACCUCCACCAAAGAGUGCUGCAUCUGCCGUCGAAGAGGGCGUGGCACCCAAGAAGGAGCGUCCAGCUGUCAUCGAGGAGCGCACCGGCCUUAUUCAAUUCCGAGUCGUGACCAACGAUGGCAAUCACGAAUCGAUGAUCUUGCUAACAGGUCUCAAGAACAUCUUUCAACGUCAAUUGCCAAAGAUGCCACGCGAGUACAUCUCUCGUCUUGUAUUUGACCGCAAUCACCAGAGUGUGGCCAUCGUCAAGCGUGGACUGCAGGUGGUAGGAGGCAUCACAUACCGACCCUUCAAGCAGCGCAAGUUUGCCGAAAUCGUGUUCUGUGCCAUCACCAGUACGGAGCAAGUCAAGGGUUACGGCUCGCAUCUGAUGAACCAUCUCAAGGAUCACGUCAAGGCUUCGUCGCCAGUCAUGCAUUUCUUGACAUAUGCCGACAACUACGCUAUCGGCUACUUCAAAAAGCAAGGUUUCACCAAGGAAAUCACUUUGGAUCGAUCGAUUUGGGUGGGCUACAUCAAGGACUACGAAGGCGGAACGUUGAUGCAGUGUAGCAUGGUGCCUCGAGUCAAGUACUUGGAAGUGCAAGACAUGCUUGCGGCGCAGAAGGAGGCAGUGCUGGCCAAGAUCCGAAGCAUCAGUCGUUCGCAUGUGAUCCACAAGGGCCUGAAAGCAAUGCGAGACCGCGAUCGCUUGAUUAAGCUCAAAGGUCUUAUCGAGAAUCCGGAUGGAACCGUCGCAAAGCCAGAACGCGCGGCCAAACGAGAUCAGCACCACGGCGAAGAAGACCCCACGGCGACGUUCUUGGUGGAUCCUUCCGAGGUGCCAGGGCUCAAGGAGAGUGGUUGGACACCCGAGAUGGACGAGUUGAGUCGACGACCGAAGCGAGGACCACACUUUGCAGUCAUGCGACAUAUCCUCGUGGAGCUCAACGGUCAUGGAAGCGCCUGGCCAUUCGUGAACCCAGUCAACGGAGAGGAGGUAACCGACUACUACGACGUUAUCAAGAAUCCGAUGGACCUGUCGACAAUGGAAGCCAAGCUCGAGAACAACCAGUACGCCAACGUUGAUGAGCUUGUUGCCGAUGCUCAAUUGAUCUUUGACAACUGUCGAUCAUACAACCCCGCCUCGUCACCAUAUGCUAAGAGCGCGACCAAGUUGGAAAAGUUCCUCAAGGAGACCUUGCUUCCAAAGGUUCAGAGCUCACUCUAG